GAAAGAAAUGACAAGAAAAUUAAGCAGCAAAUCACACAAAAUAAAAUAAAGCACUAGAACAAGCAAGAAAAAGAGUGAAUAUUUUUUUUUAUAUAUUAUUUUGACAAAAAAGUGCUUAUAAAAAAUUGCGUAUUUAAAUAAUAAAAAAAGAAUAUUUAAUUUUCCAUUUUUUAAUCACAAACAGACAUCAAAAACAAAGAAAACGAAUUUGACGUGGAAAAAUAAUUCAUAUUUUUGAUUUGGUUUGAUAAUAUAAGUACAGAAAAAAUUAAAUUGUGUUGGGGAAAACUAAAAUUGUAUUAAUUUUGAAGAAAUUGAAAAAAAUCAAAAGAUAACAGAGCUGCUGACUGUUCCGGUCUGAUUAUGAGUGUUGUACGCCACAUUGUGUUAUUGUCCCAGCUGCCGAAAGCUGGAACCCAUUACUAUUGGUUAAAAGGUAUUUGCUGUUCCAAUCAUCACACACAAGCCGGAUGUUUAGCUGCUUUAACAACGCGUUGCCUACACUUGGCAACUAGUCCGAAAAUUGAUAUAACCCUCUCCCAUGCAGCAGCGGGCGCUGGUGCAGGUGGUGGUGCAGCUGGUUCCGGUACAGGUUCAGUUGGUAGUGGCAGUGGAGGCAGUGCACCCACAUCUGGCUCAUCAUCCGGCAGUUCUGGUGAACCACCAAAUGAUAAAAAUUUCCUUUCAUGUCCCAAAUGCGGUAGUCCCUGCACACAAGUAGAGACCUUUGUCAGUUCGACACGUUUUGUUAAGUGUGCCAAGUGCAAUCAUUUCUUUGUGGUGCUGUCCGAGGUGGACACAAAGCGUAGCGUUAAAGAUGAGCCGAAAAAUCAACGUAAACCCCCACCUCCGCCACAAAAGAUCAUGGAAUAUUUAGAUAAACAUGUGGUGGGACAAGAUUUUGCCAAAAAGGUAUUGGCUGUGGCCGUGUAUAAUCACUACAAACGCAUACACCACAAUCUACCGCAAUUGAGUCCGCAACAGCAGCAACAAAUGUCUCAGGCCAAUUCGAAUAUGAUGAAUGAUCCCAUGGGCACCAGAAACGAUUUGCUGCACAUAACAGGCAUUGGUCAUACCAUGGCCAAUUCACCGGGCACUGAAUUGCCACCCAAACAGGCUCAAAGUCAUCAUCAUGGUCAUGAUUCGGGUUCAGAAAUUUUGGAGAAACAAAACUAUGACAUUAAAUUGGAAAAAAGUAAUAUCAUAAUGUUGGGCCCCACCGGCUCCGGUAAGACUUUGAUAGCUCAAACUAUAGCGAAAUGUUUGGAUGUUCCAUUUGCCAUCUGUGAUUGUACCACACUAACACAGGCCGGUUAUGUGGGCGAAGAUAUAGAGAGUGUCAUCUCAAAGUUAUUGCAAGAUGCUAAUUACAAUGUGGAACGUGCUCAAACUGGUAUUGUUUUCUUGGAUGAGGUGGAUAAAAUCGGUGCUGUACCCGGCAUACAUCAACUGAGAGAUGUAGGCGGUGAGGGUGUGCAACAGGGCAUGCUGAAAAUGUUAGAAGGUACCGUUGUCAAUGUACCCGAGCGUAAUUCCCCACGCAAACUGAGGGGCGAAACUGUACAAGUGGACACUACUAAUAUUUUGUUUGUUGCCUCGGGUGCUUACACUGGCUUGGAUCGUCUUAUAGCCAGAAGGUUAAAUGAAAAGUAUUUGGGUUUUGGUGCUCCCACAUCUGGUGCUUCUGGUCGUCGCGCUGCCCAAUCUGCCGCCAGUCCCAUGGACAAUGAUCAAGAAGAACGUGAUAAAUGUUUGACUAAAGUACAAGCUCGUGAUCUCGUUGAAUUUGGCAUGAUACCGGAAUUCGUUGGCCGUUUCCCCGUUAUUGUGCCCUUCCAUAGCCUUAAUGUUAAUAUGCUGGUGCGCAUUUUGACCGAACCAAGAAAUGCUUUGAUACCUCAGUAUAAGGCUUUAAUUGGUUUAGAUCAUGUUGAUUUAACCUUUACCGAAAAUGCCAUCAAAGCCAUUGCCAAAUUGGCCAUGGAACGUCAAACGGGCGCCAGAGGUUUACGUUCAAUUAUGGAACAACUUUUACUUGAUCCCAUGUUUGAGGUGCCCGGUUCCGAUAUCAAGACUGUUCAUAUUACAUCAUCCUGUGUUAAGGGCAAGUCCGAGCCCAUCUAUGUACGUAGUGAGGAAAAUACUACAGAGACUAGUGACGAUAGUAGUGAGGAUAGUGAAACAGCUAAAGUUCGUGUUACGCAAUAAGUUUCUCUCUCUUGUUUAAACACUCACUCCACCAACGUUAAACAAAUUAUAUUCAUCCCUCCUUCGCCCCUUCUCAAUUGUCGAAAACUGUUUGUAUUUAAACAUACUACUUACUAAUUAUGCUUUAAAUAGUUUAAUUCUUAAGAGUUUUAUGUUACAAAGGAAUAUAAGAAACAUAUUUUUGUUAGUUUUUACUUUCAUCUUAAUUUAAUGUGCUGGAGAAAAAAGAGUUUUUAAAACGUUUAUCUCUUAGAGAGACUUUUAAUGAAAGUUUCCUUCCUUCCUCCCCUCUGUGAAGUGUUCGUUUAAAAAACCAUUAAACAACAAACACCUUUAGGAAAUUAAAAACGAAAAUGUUGAGGAAAAUUAUUAAAUUGUUUUAGAUAUUUAAAAAAAAAACAAAACAAAGAAAUUGUAAUAUUUUGUUAGAUAAUCAAGAAAAAAUAUAAGUAAAAUUUUAAGCAAACUUUAAAUAAAAUCGAAAUAAUGAAAAAAAACAGCAAAACAUAAAUACAA